CACAAUUGAUACACUUGUGGUGAAAAAAGGCGAGUGGUGUGUAAAGUAAAUACCCAAUGACAGCUGCAUUGGUGAAAAAAUCGGUCUUUAACUUUUUUUAUGUAAAAAAAUUAUAGAAAUAAUAUAAUUGCCGAGAAAGUGUGCAAAGAAUAAACGAACAAAAGCAGCAACAACAAGAAGAAGACGAAGGAGACAUAGAACAAAGUGAAAAAAGAAGCAAGAGGCAAAGGGCCGCCAACGUACGGAUUUUGUUUUAUAACCAAAGAAUUGCACACACAAACACACACACGCAGAUAUUUGUACAAACCAACAACAAACGAAACCUAGCUCGAAAUAACAAAACACACAAAGGAACAAUGGUAACUCCCCAAUCACCUACUCGCAUGUUCAACGGACUGGACGAUGACAUCUAUAGCGAAUAUGCCCACGAAAUCACCGAUAAAAUGCGUGUACCCAAACGCAUAAAGGCCACCGGUGAAUACUCUGACGAGGAUCGUUUAUUAUCCAAUCAAAACGGUAUGAUCAAUUCCUGGAAUUAUCAUGAUAAAAUCGAUAUGAAUGUACCGGAUCGUAUUGUUGUGCUCGGACACAAUCAGCACUUGGAGACAAGAUCAGCCCCGCGUGAAAUACAAUUGGAAAAUGAGAUAUUACCCAAAAACACGUCCGAAUUUGUACGUGUCCAAACGCCACCGCGUACCAUAACCCUAAACGAACAUCACUUUCCAUCGGCGUCCGAGGAGAGUUCACCAAAAAAGCUCCUAAUGAACGGUGACGAUUUGGAUGAUGAUUUCGAUGACGACGUUGAACGUCCACCGCCGUAUGUGAGGGCAAAUGGUAUGUCACAUGCGGUUGUGGGUUUUCAUCCGAACGAUUCUAAUUCGGUGGAAUCUGAUUCUCAGCUGACAACAGGUGGCGCCAGCAAACGUUCCCAGACUGUUCUCUACAAUCCCAAUGACACUUCCAUGAUUAGCCAUCGCGAGGGCACACCCAUUGGUGAUCUAACACCCCACGAAGAGAUAUUGUAUUUGCGACGUCAAUUGGCCAAACUAAAUCGCCGGGUAUUGAAUAUUGAAAUCAGCAACGAACAACGUUUACAGCGGGAGAAAAUUGUCUAUUGUCUUGGACUGGCAUAUUUUGUACUUAAGGCCAUUAUGUGGAUAAAUCGUAAUUAAGUGAAGCGAAACGGCAGAGAGGGAGGAAGGAAGGAAGGAAAGAAUCAAAGAAGAUAAUGUCAAGAAGGUUAAGGUGUAAUUGAAGGGCAAGAAACGAAGAAGAAACACUAAAACUAAAAGUAAAACAUAAACACUCAACAAAAAAAAAAAAAAAAAAAACGCAGGGUGCUCUGGUCAAGGCACCUCCCAAAUUCAACUGCAUAAUGGCGUUAAGAAGGACGAACGACAUUGGUAUGACAUGAUGAUAUGAUGAAAGCUCCAAUAUGGUCAGUUUAUAUGCAAGGUGCCGGUGCCUGUGAGACUUUAUAAAAUAUAUAAUCUCUUAUACUACAAAAACAAACAAACAAAUAUAAAACUAGUUGCUGCACCCCUCCCCCCCACAUUUUGGAUGAAAGAAAACAGAAAAAAUACAUUUAUUACAUUGUGUGAUCGUCACAUUUAUACGGAUUCAAUGGGCAUGUUGUUAUAAUUAUUAAAAAACAAAAAGAUAAACUAUUUUAAAAAUUACAUUUAUUUUUGUUUGCAUUUUUUUUUUCCAAUUGUUUGUAGAAAUGAGUGAGACACAAGGAUAUCAUUUUUUUUUUUUUUUUGGAAUGUUAUAAGCAAAUUUUGUUUAAUUCAAUAAUGUUUAUAUAAUAUAGUUCUUAUUACUCUGUUUUAAACAAGAAAGGCUACCUAGUAUUAGUUCACCAAGAAAAAAAAAACAAAAAGAAUAAAAUGUGUGAAACACCAUCCAAACCAAUCCAAA